AUGGCGGCACAAGGCACCGGCAGUGGCAAUCAAGCGAACUCCUCAGUGGUACUGGAACUCCAGGAAGCCUUCAAGGCAUUCGACAAGAAUGGAGAUGGUGAGAUCACGGCCGAAGAGCUCGGGGACGUAAUGCGUUCUCUGGGCUUGAACCCUACAGACUCGGAGCUCAAAGACAUGAUCGGCGAAGUCGACGUCGACAACACCGGCAGCAUCGACAUCCACGAAUUCGUCACCAUGAUGUCGCACAAGCUCGCCGACACCGACUAUGACCAGGAGCUGCGCGAUGCGUUCCGCGUGUUUGACCGUGACGGCAGCGGGACCAUUUCGACCGACGAGCUGAAGAAGGUUAUGGUGGCUUUGGGCGAGGAUCUUUCGGAUGCGGAGAUUGAGCAGAUGAUGCAGGAGGCGGAUGUGGAUCGGAGUGGGACGGUUGAUUUUGAGGAGUUUGCGAAGUUGAUGAAGGGGAAGUAG